CCUGCCCUGAGCCUGGGGCUGCAGUCUGUGACUGGAGCCGGGAUGGAUGCCAAGGCAGGGCCCUCAGAGCUGCUGGCACCACUGUGCAGAACAGCAGAGGACCCCGAGUGGCCCUGCUCCAGACCACGCCGCAGCCCAUGCAGCAGAACCAGCAUGUGUCUCCUGCAGGUGCUAGGGAUGCUGGCCGUGCUGGGGUUGGGCCUCGUGACUCUCACCUACCUCCUGUGGCAAGUGCCCCUUCCUCGCACCUGGCACCCGGAAGAAGUGUCCCCUGAGUCCUGGGAGGCCCUGGAAGGAGAGGCUGGGCAGCAGAGGGACUCCUGCCAGCUUGUCCUUGUGGAAAGCAUCCCUCAGGACCUGCCAUCUGCAGCUGGCAGCCCAUCCGCCCAGCCACUGGCCCAGGCCUGGCUGCAGCUGCUGGACACUGCCCAGGAGAGCAUCCAUGUGGCCUCAUACUACUGGUCCCUCACGGGGUCCGACAUCGGGGUCAAUGACUCGUCUUCCCAGCCGGGAGAGGCUAUUCUGCAGAAGCUGCAGCAGCUGCUGGACAAGGACAUCACCCUAAUGGUGGCCACCAAUAGCCCAUCCCUGUCCAGGAAUUCCACCGACCUGCAGGUCCUGGCAGCCCACGGUGCCCAGGUGCGACAGGUGCCCAUGAGGCAGUUCACUGGGGGUGUCUUGCACUCCAAAUUCUGGGUUGUGGAUGGGCGGCACAUCUACGUGGGCAGUGCCAACAUGGACUGGCGGUCCCUGACACAGGUGAAGGAACUUGGAGCCAUUAUCUACAACUGCAGCCGCCUGGCCCAGGACCUGGAGAAAACUUUCCAGACGUACUGGGUACUGGGGGCACCCCAGGCUGUCCUCCCCAAAACCUGGCCUCAGAACUUCUCAUCCCACAUCAACCGCCUCCAGCCCCUCCGGUGCCACUUUGACGGAAUGCCCACCACGGCCUACUUCUCGGCUUCGCCACCAGCCCUCUGCCCCAGAGGCCGCACCCGGGACCUGGAUGCAGUGCUGGCAGUGAUGGAGGGUGCCCGRGAGUUCAUCUUCGCCUCAGUGAUGGAGUACUUCCCCACCACRCGCUUCAGCCACCCUGCCAGGUACUGGCCAGUGCUGGACAACGCAYUGCGGGAAGCCGCCUUUGGCCGGCGUGUACAUGUGCGUCUGCUGGUCAGCUGCGGGCUCGGCACGGACCCCACCAUGUUCCCCUACCUGCGGUCCCUGCAGGCGAUCAGCAACCCCUCUGCUGGCAUCUCAGUGGACGUGAAAGUCUUCAUCGUGCCUGUGGGGAAUCACUCCAACAUCCCCUUCAGCCGGGUGAACCACAACAAGUUCCUGGUCACAGAGAAGGCAGCCUACAUAGGCACCUCCAACUGGUCGGAGGAUUACUUCAGCAGCACGUCGGGCGUGGGUCUGGUGGUCAGCCAGAGGGCCCCCGGUGCCCAGGCCGGGGUGCAGCCCGCACAGGAACAACUGCGGCAACUCUUCGAGCGUGACUGGAGUUCCCGCUAUGCUGUGGGACUGGACGGACAAGCCCCAGGCCAGGACUGUGUCUGGCAGGGCUGAGGCCCAACCCCUUGGCUCCUGGUCCACAGUCCCCAGUGAACACUGCURUCCACCAGGCUGUUGAAGCUCAGAAAUUAUAAAUGCAAAAGAAUGUUA